AUGGGCGAGUACAUAAUAUCAACAAAUUAUGGUUCGAGUUAUGGUGGACACGAGGAUAUAUCUCUUCACGAUUCUUAUGGAAAUAUUCAUCAAGACAUAAGCUCUUACGGUUCUUCUUACGAUUCUUACGGUGGUGGAGGCCAUAGCCUUCACUCAGGUCUCGAUCAUGGUCUUUAUGGAGGUCAUGCACAACAACAUUACUCCGUACAGGCUGUACCGAUCAGCGAACACGUCGAGAUUACGAAGCCGGUACCUGUCCCUAUUAUAAAAAAUGUUGGAGUACCAGUAGCUCAACCAGUUGCAAUAGCAGUUCCGCAUCCGGUAGCAGUAGGAGUACCUCAGCCAUAUCCGAUUCAUGUACCGGUUGCCAAACCAGUGGCCAUACCGGUGGUAAAAACAGUAGCAGUACCAGUUGAAAAAAAGGUUCCGUAUCCGGUGGAAAAAGUGAUACCCGUGCCCGUCGAAAAAGCUGUACCAAUCACUAUAGAAAAACAUGUACCUGUACCCGUUGAAAAACCGUAUCCGAUUCAUAUACCAGUUUACAAACACAUUUAUCACAAAGUUAAAAGUUACGGUCAUGGUUGGAGUCAUUAA